GUCACCGAACUGCCCCGUCUCGCGUCCCACUGCUCUCUGCCUUGGCGAGUCUCUCAUGGGUAUAAGUAUUUCCCUUCUCCCCGAAUUCUUCUUUCUCUUCUUUUCUUUUUCCUUCUCCAUGGAUCAACGCCGAGCGAGGUAAGUUCGUAGACUGAGGCGCCUUCUCCGGGAUGGCAGAUGUCUGUGGUGUGCCCAUCCACCCAGCGCUGUUGUCUUUUCGGCUCGGAGGGGCGGGAUGGUUGGAGUGCCACUGGAUGAGGAAAUCCCCUGUGGAUCCGAUUUUGUUUUUCCCAUGGCCGGGUCCUCAGUUGCUUGUGGUCGUUGUGGUGGUAUGUAUCUUGCUGCUGACAUGUCACAGACUGAAUCUUUUCAUCACUGUGCAAGCUUUAUGCUUGACCUUGGAGAAGAGUAAGACUCGUGGUGUAGAAUUCGUAGCAUCGUGUAGAGGUGCGAUGGUCAAUGAUCGGGUGGUUGCGAGAGAAUUGGUCGGAGUGGCAUGGUUUGGUGUCGGUGCCAGCAGCACCGCAAUCGCCUGUGCAGUUGCCUCCUUCUCUGCGCGCAAUGGAUGCUGACUUUUGCAUCCCAACCCUGCCGCAGCCAAACGCGAGAUAUUCCAGAAUGCAUUUCCUCCGCAACACGUUAAAGAGCAAUUGCAGCAUGCAAACGUCGCAAUCUCAGC